AUGGCUGACAAGCAGAAAAAGUUUGAUGCAUGUUUAAUUCGUACAGGUAGUGAUAAUUUUAUUGUUGCUGAAUGGCAUCAGUUAGUAACAACUGCUAAUAAAUCAAAACUUACUGUUGGAUCAUGUUCGCUGAAAGUAUGUGAAAAACAAAAAGAAUUAUUCAUGGCAAAGGUUAAUAGCAAAAAGAUUCCGGCACAAAAGUUUAAUGAAAAAGAUGAAUGUGCAUCAGAAUCAACUGGUAUUUCGAAUAGUAAAAAUGAAUUACAAUCAAACGACGAAGACUCGUCUGACUCGAAUGAUGCAUGUUUGGAAAUUGAUACUGAAGAGGAAGAAAGUUGUGAUGAAAAUGAAUCAAAACAGAUUCAAUCUAAUGAAGCAACACUCAAUCAACCACAAAAUAAUAAUCGAUCCAACACAUCAGAAACAUUAUCAUUAAGUACUGCUCAUAUAGGAGCUCGUCCAACCGACCCGACUGUUAUAAGAUAUUUUGUGCGUAUGGGACAAUCAUUCUCCUCUCCUGAUGAUAUGGAAGAAGGACAAGGUGAAAAGUUGAUCAAGAUUUGUGAUCGAUUAAAUAUGAGUGAAGAACAAUUAAAUAGACUACAUAAGCCAAACGGUACAAGAACAGCUCGUGCUAUUAUACGUGCCUGUUAUCCACUACAUGCUAGAAUGGCUGCUCUGGAAGAAGGUAUUGAUGAUGAUCUUCGACAAGCUGUUCACGAUUAUGUCAACAUGUUUCAUGGAAUGGAAUGUCUGACGGAGGGAAAAAUUAAUGAAAGUAUUAACAACGUUUUUCGUAGUGCCAAAAGUCAGCAAAAACCAGACGGAAAAAAUGAAUCUCAACAAUUAGUGAAAGAAUGCGAGCAGUUAAAUGAGGAUUUAGCUCAGUUGGCUCAAACUAGCACUGAUUUCGUCAAUGAAUCUACUAGCACUGUUGCUUCCUCUAAUGAUCAAUCGCAACACUAUAGUGAUGAUUUUUCGCUUCCAAAUUUUACAUAUGCAACAAUGAAUGAGUCUUAUGAAUCUCAACAUCAAGAAAAUAUACUUUCGAGAAGUUCAAAUUCACUAUCAAGACCUAUUGAAAAAGUAGAUUUAGCUACAACCUUAGUCGCCUUGAAAAAUCGUCAUUCUUUAUCAGCAGUCUGCAUCAACGAUAUAUGUUCAUUGUUGUGUGUUUUAAAAGUUCCUGACGCUCCUCGUAGUUGGUUUCAAGUUAAAAAAGCACUUAAUAAAACAUGUGCAUCAAUUCUUGAUCGAACAAUGUGGUGGAUAUGUCCAAGUUGUAAAAAGGCCUCUGAUGAUAAGUUUACUUGCUCAAAUCUUAAUUGUAGCUGGCGUUUUGCUCCUCCUGCAUCGAUGCCAACUUAUUUUUAUACUUUUAAUAUACGUGAUCAACUUGCUUCAGUAUUAGCCACCACAUCAGAUAUGCAUUUACCGAAACGCACAAAUGCUACACCACAUGCAAUUUUAUCAAUGAAAGAUAUUAUCGAUGGUAAUUACUAUCGAAAACUACUAAAUGAAGAAUCUGAUGACUUUUUAACACUAACUAUGAGUACAGACGGAAUACAACCAUUUAAAAGUACUGAGAAAUCGAUAUGGCCUGUAACUUUUAUAAUUAAUGAAAUUAAACGUAAAAAGCGAUUUAGCUUCCAAAAUUUAAUACUUGGUGGAGUUUGGCCUGGUCCUACAAAACCAAAGCGAUUUGAAAUGUCAGCUGUUUUGGAAACAAUUAUUCUUCAACUUAAACAGUUGGAGAAAGGAUCUUAUUUUGAAUGUUGUUCAGAUGCAGGCUACAUUUCACGAUUUUUAAAAGUUUUUUUGAUUUGUGCAUGUAUGGAUAAACCAGCACAGGCACUGGUACAAAAUUUACCCGAGCCAACUGCAAAAUUUGGAUGUGGAAGAUGUGAAAUUCGUGGAAUGAUAAUGCGAACUAUCAAAGCUACUCGUCGAGAAGAAAUCGAAAUGAUUGGAAGUUUAAAUAUAUUCAGACGUGCAUGCUUACAACUUCAUGAUUCAACAAUGAAUAUUCAACUUCAAAACUACGUUGAAAAUAUGUUGUUUGGCCGUGGCUAUUACGAGUCAUCAUCAAGUGCGCCUCAAACUCUACAUUCAAUACGAUCCAAUAAUAGAAUCUCCACUUUAUUCUCAAAUAAAAAUCUUCAGUUUUUCAGAACAAUCAAGAUCGGACGUGUUCGUUAUACAACUGCAGACUACUCAAAAUCAAAGGCAGUUGACGAUUCUGCGGUUCUAUUUAGAAUUCAACAUGCAAUUUAUUUUGGUUUAAUAACUGCUAUAUUUAUUGAUGGAGACGGUGAAAUUUUACUUGAACUAUGGCCACUUUCUGAUAUCAAAAAUUUAUCAAUAGUUGCAAAUGGCCAAAAGAUCGGUGUAGAAUCAAUUCAAGAAGGAAAAUUACAUAAAAACAAUAACUAUUAUUAUGUACCAGUGAAUGAUAUCAUUGAAAAAUGUGUCUACUGGAAAAAAAACUCUAGUACAGUUUGUUUUUUUCGUUAUCCUAAUCUUGAAGAAUCCUCAUGA